UUUUCAAGACUCUCGGCUGAUGAAGGAUUGGUGAGGGAAAAGAGAGAGAGAGAAGAGAAAACACCUAACUUUUUCUCACUACCAAACCGUUAUAACAAUACCCAGAACUUAGAGAGAGAAACCAGAGAGAAAUGGCUACAGCUUCUUUGGGUUCAUCAACUCUUGCUCAGUCCCAGAUCAAUGGAUUUGGCGGGGGUCUUAAGCUUCAAAAACCAUCUCUCUUUCAACCCAAUUCACUCACCUUCACAAGGAGAACAGUUCGAACUGUAGUGAAGGCAACGUCACGGGUUGAUAAGUUCUCCAAAAGCAACAUCAUUGUUUCUCCAUCUAUUCUCUCUGCGAAUUUUUCAAAACUGGGAGAGCAGGUAAAAGCAGUGGAGCUGGCAGGUUGUGAUUGGAUUCACGUUGAUGUAAUGGAUGGCCGCUUUGUUCCAAAUAUAACAAUUGGACCUCUUGUGGUUGAUGCCUUGCGCCCUGUAACAGAUCUCCCAUUGGAUGUGCAUUUGAUGAUUGUUGAACCUGAGCAGAGAGUGCCCGAUUUUAUUAAGGCUGGAGCUGACAUAGUCAGUGUCCAUUGUGAACAAGCUUCCACUAUCCAUCUGCACCGUACAGUUAAUCAAGUUAAAAGUUUGGGAGCUAAAGCUGGAGUUGUCCUAAACCCUGGUACCCCACUAACCACGAUAGAAUAUGUCCUUGAUGUUGUCGAUCUGGUCUUGAUUAUGUCGGUAAACCCUGGAUUUGGUGGGCAGAGCUUUAUUGAGAGCCAAGUUAAGAAAAUCUCUGACUUGAGAAGAAUGUGUGCAGAGAAGGGGGUAAACCCAUGGAUAGAAGUAGAUGGUGGAGUUGGUCCUAAAAAUGCAUAUAAGGUUAUUGAGGCUGGAGCCAAUGCUUUAGUCGCUGGUUCUGCUGUGUUUGGAGCUAAGGAUUAUGCUGAAGCAAUAAAAGGAAUCAAAACCAGCAAAAGGCCUAUAGCAGUUCCAGUAUGAAGUUUGAACUCCAAAUAUUUAAUUCAAGUCAGUUCAUAGUUUCGACGCUCUUCGUUCUCCCAUGGCAUCCACUACAGACCAACACUUCCUGGCUUCUUGUUGUUGUGAGAUAUAGUGUUACUUUGGUUGUUUCCCUGGCAUCAAAAGAUGAAAUAAACGAUAAAAAUAAUUUCUGGUUAAGAAUUCUGCUGCUACAAAAUUUACGUAGCAUAUCUUGCACAGGAAGAUGAUAAUUUGGAUUUCUUUGUCACAAAUUCCCCCCUGUAACAAAUCAUUCUCUCAAUAAUAUGCAGUUUAAUAAAGAA